AUGGCGAUCGCAUUAUGGUAUUGUCCACAGUACGGCUCUCCUGCAUACGAAACGUUGGAGCUGCUGAUUAUCUCGCUCCAAAGCGUGUUCCCAAGUUCACGUAUUUUUGAGCCGCAUUUGACCAUUGCAACCAAUCUGGCUUGCAACGACGUGGACGAUGUCAACAAGAUAUUGACAUCAUGUGUGGCUGCUAUGCGGUCGAUCAGGCCACGGCUCAGGAGUGCGGGCGGAAGUGGUGGCAUGGGCAGAGAUGGUGGACCAAGCAAUACAAGGUCUAGCAGUGACGAAUCAGGCAUUCAAGGAACCGCAGAAGGAACCAGUGUUCUGGUUUCUUUUAGAGGGUGUAGUGUAGGGCGAAGGUUUUUGAGAAAAGUUGCCCUAGAAUGCAACGAAAAUAGGUAUUUACACAGUAUUGCGCAAAUAAUGAGGGAGGUGUACGUUGAGAUCGACGAUUCUUCAAGAAGUCAAAGGGCGGCGACAUGGGCCAGAGACGAAUUCGCCCCGCACGUAUCGUUGCUCUACUCCGAUGUAUAUCCGAUAAGUCAGGCGUUUCUAAGGAUCAUACAACAGCGCAUCGAAGACGUGCUAGAUACACCAAUGCACAAGCUCGACCCCCUGAAGGAUAAUAUCUCCCAUAGUAACGAAAAACAAGUAAGCUGGGAAUUCGACAGGACGCCGGCUCUAUCUUGGAGUCUGCCCGGCACGUUCAAAGUUGUCAAGUGCGAGGGCCCCGUAGAAGACUGGCAAGUUUUGGGCAGAACAGACGUAUAG